ACAAGAGCGUCGCUGACCGAUGACGUAGCGGGCGCAGGCACGCUUGGCGAGGGCAGAAGUGCUGCUGGUUCUGCGGUUGGAGGGACUUGGUGUGUCGGCUCGCCCUGCGAGAGGGGUAAGUGAGCAUUUUAAAGGUCAUCUGCACCUUCUGCCUGGGAAAAGAUGGUCAACGUCUUGAAAGGAGUGCUAAUAGAAUGUGACCCUGCCAUGAAGCAGUUCCUGCUGUACUUGGACGAAUCAAAUGCUUUAGGGAAGAAGUUCAUCAUUCAAGACAUUGAUGACACUCAUGUCUUUGUUAUCGCAGAGUUGGUUAACGUCCUCCAGGAGCGAGUAGGUGAAUUAAUGGACCAAAAUGCUUUUUCUCUUACCCAGAAGUGAAGAUACUCAAUAUUGACCACUUAGGAAUUACAAGUAACAAAUGUGAGACUGUCACCAUUCAGUGUCCUGUGUGACAGAUGAGACUUAGUGGCUUAGGCGCAUAUCAUGGGGAAAACUGUGAUGUCGUUUGUUCAGAAAAAAGUCCCUGAUUUUCUUGUUUAUUUUUUUUCCCCGUUCAUGUACCCUAGAAUUUAAAAAAAAAGGAAAAAAAAAUUCA